AACCAUACCCGGUGUUGCUACAGAUGAAACUGGCGAGGAAAAAUGCCGGUAAACGUGUUUUAAGUUGCAGCUGUUUGCCCCCUUUUUUUGUUGAUGUCAUCAUGUUUUUUCAGGCACAAAAGACAACGUGAAAAGGUCGAUAUGAUUGGGGUCAUUCGAACCCUCACUAAACGGAUGUUUUCGCCGAAAUAUCUGUUGCUAACGAACACAGUUUCCAGCGGCGUGUUGUUAUCGCUAGGCGAUAUUUUACAACAGUUCAACGAACGUCGGAUAGCCAGGAAAAAGUUACUUUUGAAAGUAAAUGCUGCCUCAGCCUCAGGGACUGUCGACCAUAUACAUGUAGGAGAGGACGAUGUACGGGGAGCAGUACCCGCAUUUAACUGGAUUCGGACAGGUAGAAUGUUGACAAUAGGGAUCCUUCUUGGGCCUCUCAACCACUACUGGUAUCUAGCCCUCGACAAGUUCCUUCCGGGUGUGAAAGCAAGAACUGUAGCCAAGAAAAUUCUUUUAGAUGAGCUUAUAGCGUCACCAGUCAUGACUUCAACAUUUUUCGUCGGCAUGGGGUUACUAGAAGGAAAGACACUGGCUGAAAGUGUUGAUGUGCUAAAAAAGAAAUUCUUAACUGUUUACAUGCUCGACUGGUGCGUCUGGCCGGCCUGCCAAGCCAUCAACUUCACCUUCGUUCCCAUGCACCUGAGGGUGGUCUAUGUCAACACUGUCACCUUAGGCUGGGACACCUUCCUGUCAUUUAUAAUACACACGUACCAGCGAUGACGUCACUCCACCCUGCCGCUACCAUAUCCAUCCAGAAAUCCAUCCAAAACUGAAAUUAUUUUGUACGAGUAAUAACCCAAGCAAAUGCUUUAUCGUGAGACAAGGUUUUGUCAAACGCUCCAGAAGUAAUAUAUAUUUCAUGAAAUGUAAAUUAAUAUUCUAUGUGUACAUAAGCAUUUGUUGACAAAAUGAUACUGGGCACAGCUGUCCAUGAUAAUGAAUUGUUUCUCCCAAAUACGGGUUUUUUAAGCAAAUUUGAAUUUUAAAUGAUUACAAAAACCCGAAAGAUCGCUUCAUACCUUUUUUGUUUAGAUUAUGUAAAUAUGCUUCAUUAUAAGCGAGAUGUGAUAUCAGGAUAGUUGUUUUAAAGGUCCUUGAUUUCUUUGUGUGUGGGUGUACAUGUAUUGAUAUCAAUACAAGACUCGCCAAAACAUCAGAACACGUCAAACAAUUCUGCUUUCGUGCUGUGCUUGCCUCCGUGAUGAAAUUGUUUUCAUAUCAUUUGACCACGGGAACUGUUAAAACAUAACAAUGCUGUAAAUCCCUUAAUUUAAGAACUAACAAUUAAAUUGGUCGGAGCGAGCUGAA